UGUUAACUUAUAUUCUAUUACAACUAUUAUAUUUUACUUUUUUAAUGUUGCAUUCUAUAACUAACCGGAAAUAUUUACAAAUUUCUAAUGAUCUGCUGAUUGAAAUGCGAUUCUUUUUAAAUAACGCAUAUCCUUCAUCUAUUACUGAUUCUGUUUUACAAAAUAUUAUAGAUUUUAUUAAACCUUCAAUUAUACUUAAAUUACAAAAAGAUCAAUUACAAAAACAGAAAAAAAAUGCAAAAGAUUUAAUUGAAAAUGAUAAAUUUAAAAUUACUUUAUUUUUUGUACCCUCAAAAAGUAGUAAUUUUUUAUUAAAAAGGGUUACUACUUUUGUGUUUCCUUUAGAAGAUAAAGAUAAAUCUACUAUCGAUCACUUUACUGAAAAUACAACUAUUACGAAUUUUGAUACAAAAGAUGAUCCUUCAUCAGAUUCUGCAUUAGAUUCUUCUUCAUUUGUUAAAUCUAUGCCCAUAACUACUUACAAAAAGUGUAAUACAUAUAAAAAAAUUCUUUAUGUAGAGGUCAGUUUUAAGGACUAAAGAAAAGUGAUAUCUUAAUUGUCUUUUUUUUUAAAAAAGUUAUAUAAUUUUUCCAG